AUGUCGCCCAACAAGGUCCAGCCGCCGGGUCCCGACCGCAGGGGGCUCUUCUCCUGCCUCUACGGCGGCAACUGCGACCAACCCCCUAGCUUCUGUUUCAAACGCGAUCUCCUCGCGUCCAUCCCUGACUUAUACGAGGAGGCGUGCGACCGGCUGCCCGUCGACGACAUGCCAGCCGAAGCCGCCGACCAACUGAUCUCAUCCAUGGGCAAAUACGGCCUCUGUCUCGGCCUCAUGGACCCCGUCACCAACAUCAUCCUCAACACCAUCGCCCACCUCCCGCAGGACUUCCGGGCAAACCCACCGCUUCCGCAUGACUGUAAGAGGAGGAGGAGGUCCAAGAGGUUGGUUGGUGCGGCGCGGCCAAGGGAUAGUUGGUCCAGCCACAUUGGGCCAACAUGCCGCAGGGAUACCUGGCCCAGAGAUGCCGCACCAUCCUACCUGGCUCUCCGCAGGUUCAUGGUGAGAUACUUUGGAUGCCUCAGUGAAGAACAGGCCACCCGGUACCUCCACUGGGCGGGCGCUGACCUGGCCCUGGCCGUCCUGCUCGUCAAGCAUGAUCUAUACGCUGCUGAGCUUCAGCUCCCUGACCCCGCCACUGAAAGGACGCAAGCCGCCCUCAUGUGCGCCGCAACCUGUGCAUCGCACCCAGCGCCCGACGCCCUGGUGCGGCUCCACAUGACGCCAGUUCCACUAGAGCGGCUCCACGCUGCCGCCCCGUUUCUCAGGCCAGGAGGGCCAAAGCUCACUGUCGACGACGUCAACACCCUCGUGGAUCUACUGCAGUACCAGUGCAGUGCCCUCCUUGACCUCCAGGUGAAACUGCUGCCAGGAGGAAGAGAGGCCGUCGUGUACUGCCGGAACCUCAAGCCCGAUGAAGGGAAGCUUGAGAUUUGCAACAGCACGAGCUCCGUGGAUGGAUUCAAUGUUGUAAGCAUCAUGGUCCAGCGUCAUGGGGACCUCUUUGCGUCCCUGCGGUCUGAUCCUCAAGACAAGAGGUCCAUGAUAUCGACGCUUUUAGCCAAGGCCGCGAAAACCUCUCGAAGCCGUGGUUUGGUAGAGAGCUGCAAUGGCGAUGCAUGUGAGUACACCAAGUCUCUCAGGAUGAGGCUUCAUGGUGUAAUCCACAUUUUCUAUCUCAAAGUGUUCAUCAUGUUGCCCCCCCUCUAGGGGCUCAUCCGCAACAUAUUGUAGGCUGGCCACUGCUAUGGCCCCAUGGACCCUGUCUCCAACAUCAUUGUCAACUCCAUUUGGCACAGCAUAGUGUACCCGCUACCCCUCUCUGAAAUCAAAGAGUAUCACAUCAUCGACACCCUAUCUAUGCUUCGAGUGGAGGUCCGUUCCCUGGAAGGCCUAAUGGCCCUCGUCCGAGGAAACUCUGAGUCUGGCUGCUCGACACAAGGGGUGAUGGAGCACCUCUCUCGCAAAUGUUGUGACCUGUCCGAGGAGACGCACACCUUGCAGCAGUUUGCUGCCGCAGCCGCAACCGCUCAACACCCACAGCAUGCUGCACUAGGGCUAUUCCUCGCGUCCGUGACGCCCGAUGUGCUGAAUGACCUACGGCGCUUGCUGACCACCGACACCAAUGGUGUGGUCUCCUGUGAAUCUCUUGGCAAAAUAGAGCACUUACUCCGACAAAAAGCAGUGACGUUGGAUCCCAAACCUCCCAAGGUGGCCAAAUUGUGCGUGGAGGCUAAGGAGACUCUGGUAAAAAUGAAGUCAUAUUAUAACAGAAUGAAGUUAUACCUUGGCUCUGAGCUUGAAAAGCUGCUGCGGAAAUAUGCCUCUGAGCAUCCUCGGGAACCACAAUAUGUGCUAAGUGUUAUCUGUGGUGUGGUGGCUGGUUCUGAAUCCUUAGACAGGGAGUGCUAUCACGUUAAUUUUGUGGCUGCUUCCAAAUCAGGGAUUGCUCGUAACCAACUCUUCUUCGCCGAACUCAAUUAUGCGUAUCCUGGUGAGCAGGAAAAACCAAAUUUCUGCUGUCCUCUACCCCUGAUAUAUACUGGCCGCUGCUACUAUGGAAAAGGAACAGCGAGGAAGAUUGUGUAUCCAGAUUCAGCAGACUUUAUUAAGAGUAAUCAUGAUAUUACCAGCUAUGGAACGCGGCACACGGACGGAAUGCUCGACGUGGAUUUAAUGUUCGAUUUUAGGAGUGACGCGCAGUUUGCAGACGAUAUGAGGAAGUACUGUGAACGUCAAAAAGAGUUGUUGCAGGAGGGAGAUGAGUAUUAA